AUGAUUGGUCUCGGUGGUUACUUGCAGUUUCCAACGCCAACUGCCUUCCUCUCCUUAUUUUAUUAUUUUCCUCCGUUGUUUCUCUUUUCUCGCACCGGGCACAAACUUCUCCCUUUUCCUUUCCUUUUCUCGCUCCAGACCCAAAACUUCUCUGCAACUAUUUUUUUCUUGCGUUCUCUCUUGCCCUUCCACGAAGCCAGACCAAGGAAGAAAGUGCAAUCGGGUAGGAAUCACCCAUCUCCAGCUGCUGGGAAGAAGACCCAAGUCGAACCCAGCCCCGUCGUUCCAUCUUCGUUCCAAAGGAGCCCGUUCGUCGCUGCUGGAAAGAUGUUGCCUUUUGUUUUGGCAGCCAAAUACCCAAAACCCCUUUUCUACCCAUCUUGUUUCCACUGCACCAAUAGUGCUCACGGAGUGGGUGCUAGCAAGGAAGGGCCCGUGCCAUUGUCUAGGUUUCUUCCUUCGUUGAUUUUGCUCGAGCUGCUGGAAAGGUACACGCAUCUUGGGCAUAGGUGUAGACUGAUGCUUGGCCUAGGCUCUCUUUUUUUUUCUUUUCUUGAGAACACAUGCUUGAUCGAUUAUGGAAUUCUGCGUGUGUUGCCUGUGGAGGAAGACAGAGUGCAUGGACUUGCUUGUCCUGCUUGUUGA